CACACUACUACUGCAGAACAUACAAUUAAUGCAGCCCAAACAACAACUGCAGCACUGACAACAACUGCAGCCCCAACUACAACAUCAGCUCCAACAACAACUACAACAUCUACUACAACUAAAGCACUGACAACAACCAUAGUCCCAACUGCAGCUACAGCACUAACUACAACUACAAGCCCAAAACCUCCAACCCCAGCUACAAUUGCAGCACCAUCUACAACUGUCUCCCCAACAACAACUGCAGCCCUAUCAACAACUCCAGCACCAAAAACAACCGCUCUUCUAACUACAACUACAGCGCCAACUACAACUGCAGUCCCGAUGACAACUGAAACUCCAACUACAACUGUAACCCAAACUACAACUGCAGCUGUGUUGACAACUAAAACCCCAACUACAACUGCAUUCCUGACUACAACUGCACCUGAGACUACAACUGCAGCCCAGCCUACAACAACUUCCCCAACUACAACCGCAACCCUAGCUAUAACCGCAGGCCCAUCUACAACUGCAGCUCCUACAACAACCAGAACUCAUACUACAAUGACAGCUUCAACUACAACUGCAACCCUGACUGCAACAACAGCUCCCACUACAACCACAGCCCUAACUACAACUGCAGCCCCGAUUACAAGUGCAACCUCAACUACAACUGCAGCCCAGACUACAACCACAGCUCUCACUAGAAGACCUGCCCCAACUACAACCAUAGCUCCAUCUACAACUGCAGCUCCUACAACAACCAGAGCUCAUACUACAACAACAGCUUCAACUACAUCUGCAGCCCUGACUACAACAACAGCUCCGAGUACAAACACAGCCCCAAUUACAACUUCAUCCCCAACUGCAACCACAGCCCCAAGGACACCAGCAACCCCGAUUACAACUGCAACCCCAAUUACAACUGUAGAUGUGACUACAGCUAAAACACCAACUACAACAGCAACCCAAAGUACAACUGCAGGGCUACUUACAACCGCAGGCCCAUCUACAACUGCAGCCCCAAGUACAACCAUAUUCCCCAUUACAACCGCAACCCGAACUACAACUGCAGCUGUGACGACAACUAAAACCCCAACUACAACUGCAUUCCUGACUACAACUGCAGCUGCGACUACAACUGCAGCCUCUAUUACAAGUGCAACCUCAACUACAACUGCAGCCCAGACUACAACCACAGCUCUCACUACAAAACCUGCCCCAAAUUCAACCAUAGCUCCAUCUACAACUGCAGGUCCUACAACAACCAGAGCUCAUACUACAACCUCAGCCUCAACUACAAUUGCAGCCCUGACUACAACAACAGCUCCCAUAUCAAACACAGCCCCAACUACAACCGCAGCCCCCACUUCAACCACAGCCCCAACUACAACUGCAGCCCUAACUGCAGCAACAUCUCCAAUUACAAUUGUAGCCCCGAUGACAACUUCAACUCUGAAGACAACCGCAACCAAAACUACAACCAUAGCCCUCACUACAAGAUCUGCCCCAACGACAACUGCAGCCCCAACUACAACUGCAGCUCCAUCUACAACUGCAGCUCCUACAACAACCAGAGCUCAUACUACAACCUCAGCCUCAACUACAACUGCAGCCCUGACUACAACAACAGCUCCCAUAACAAACACAGCCCCAACUACAACCACACAACCAACUAAAACUGCAGCCCUGAAUAUAACCGCAACCCCAACUACAACUGUAGCUGUGACUACAAAUAAAACCCCAACUACAACAGCUGCCCCAAGUACAACUGCAGCCACAAGUACAACCAUAGCCCCAUCUACAACUGCAGCUCCUACAACAACCAGAGCUCGUACUACAAUCACAGCCUCAACUACAACUGCGGCCCUGACUACAUCAACAGCUCCGACUACAUCCACAGCCCCCCUUACAACGGCAACCCCAACAACAACUGCAGCUGGGACUACAACUAAACCCUAUACUACAAAUGCAACCUUAACUACAACCAUAGCCCCCACUACAACCGCAACCCCACCUACAAAUGCAGCCCUAACUACAACUGCUGCCCCGACUAUAACUGCAACUCCAACUACAACCGCAACCCAAACUACAACUGCAGCUGUGACUACAACUAAAAUCCAAACUACAACUUCAGCCCUGACUACACCUGAAGCUGUGACUACAACUGCAGCCCAGACUACAACACUUGCCCCAAUUACAAGGACAGCCUCUGUUCCAACUACAACUACAGCACCAACAACAAAGGCUGUACCCGCUACAGCUGCAGCCCAGAGUACAACGACUGCUACAGCACCGACGGCAACAACGGCAGUGCCUUCUACAACUAAAGCACCAACAACAACGGCAGCUCUACCUACAACAGCACCAAAAACAACUGCAUUGCCAACUACAACUACAACUCCAGCUACAACUACAGACCCAACUACACCUACAACACCAACUACAACUGCAGCACCUACUACAACAGCAGCCCCAACUACAACUGCAGCCCUAUCGACAACUGGAGCCCCAACUACAACUACAGCUCCAACUACACCUAUAGCAUCAGCACCUUUUACAAUGGCAGCACCCACUACUACUGCAGCCCCCACUUCAACUUAUUCUCCAACUACAACUGCAAUUCCAACGACAGCCACAACACGUACUACAACGGCAGAGCCCACUACAACUGCAUCUGCAACUACUACUGAGGCCCAAACUACAACUGCAAUACCAACUAUGGCAGUGACAACUGGAUUCCCUACUACAACUGCAGAACCAACUACAACCUCAAUCCCCAGUACAACUACAGCCCCAAAUACAACCAAGGCUCCCGCUACAACCACAGCCCCCACUGCAACUGCAGCCCAGACUACAGUAACAGCACCAACAACAAUUAUAGCACCGACAACAACUGCAGCCGUGAUGACAACGGAAGCCCCAACUACAACUGCAACCCCAACUACAAAAGCAGCCCAAACUACUACUACAGUCCCGACUAUUUCUACAGCCCCGAGUACAACUUAUGCCCCAACUACAAUCGCAGCAUCCACUACAACCACAGCCCCAACUACAACUGUAGCCCUGACUGCAACUGCAGCCCCAACAACAACAGCAGCCCCAACUACAAUGACAGCCUCAGCUACGACUGCAGCCCGAAGUACGACUACAGCCGUGACUACAACAGAUGCCCCAACAACAGCACCAACAACAGCAGCCCCAACUAUAACCACAGUACCCACUACGUCUACAGCCCAAAGUACAACUGCAUCCCCAACUACAACCACAGCUCCCACGACAACCACAGCCCAAACUACAAGUGCAACCGCGCCUACAACUAACAUCCCAAGUACAAUUUCAGCCCUAACUACAACUGCAGCCCUGACUACAGCCACAGCCCCAACUACAACAGCAGCUCCAACUUCUACUGCAAUUACGACUACAAUUAAAACCCUAACUACAACCAGAGUCCCAACAACAUCCUCAGCCCCAACUACAACUGCAGCCCCGACUAUAACUGCAGCCCCAACUACCACUGCAGUGACUACAAGUAAAGCCCCAAUCACAACAGUAGCCUCAACAACAACAGCAACAACAACUGCAGCCCAGACUACAACUAAAACCCAAACUAUAACAGUAGUCCCAACUACAACCGCAACCCCAACUACAAGUUCAGCUGCGACUACAACUGAAACCCCACCUGCAACUGCACCACCAACAUCAACAUCAGCCCCAACUACAACAGCAGCUCCCAAAACAAUAUCAGCCCCAACUACAAUCGCAGACUCAACAACAACUGCAGUGCCAACUACAACCAGAGCCCCCACAAUGAAAACCUCACAUAUAAGUGCAGCUCCGGCUACAGCCGCCACCCUAACUACAACUGCAGCCCCCACUACAACCACAACCAAAACUACAACUGCAUCUCCCACUACAACCACAACGAAAACUAAUAGCCUAACUACAACUGCAGCCGUGACUACAACUAAAAACCCAACUACAACAGCAGCCCCAACCACAACCUCAGCCUCAACAACAACUGUAGGCCCGACGACACCCUUCAUUUUGUACCUGGUGUUUAUUUCCAGGGACGCCUUUCAAGCUGAUUUUGCAAAUCGUGCUUCCCAAGCUUUUCAGAAGAGAGAAAAAUUGAUCAGGGAUCUGGUGAGUCUGAACUGA